AUGCUGAUUAUUCUGAGCAAGAAGAAGGCGGAUGAAGCCUCCCAGCUACGAUCAGCGAUUGUCGCACUCCUAGGAAGUGAAGCCGAAGUGCUAAGCAAGGAACCUAUGGAAGAUCUCGAGAUCAAAGACCUCGAUGAAGAGACAUCGAAGGAGGACGUUCUCGUUGCUCUUCAGAAAGAAGUGGGUGCGAAGUGCGAGAUUGGUCUGGAGGCCAUAAAAUCGCUGCGGAAAGCCUAUGGAGGGACUCAAACUGCUUCAGUGACACUCACGGCAGCUGCUGUCACGAAAAUUCUGGGGGAACAGGAGAUCGGGAAGAAGAUAAAGAUUGGCUGGGUCAACUGCCGGGUACGGAGAGUGCAGAGACCGAUCAAGUGCUUCAGGUGUUGGCAAUACGGACACCUCGCUACAAAAUGCACGAGCGUUGUGGAUCGCUCGAAGCUCUGUACGAGGUUUGCAGGAGAUGGCCACAAAGCCAAGGACUGCGAGAAAGAACCGCAAUGCGCCCUUUGCAUUGACAAAGGCAAUAAGGAGAAUAGUGCACAUGUUGCUGGUAGCAAUAGAUGCCCAGCCUAUACCGCGGCACUCCAGAAGCUCACCAGCAAAAGGCGAUAA